CGCAACACACGCAAACAUGAUUCACGGAGCGCUUAAUCGGACUGAUAACAGUCGCACGAAACACUGAUAAGGCCUCACACGACACGUGCUAACACAACUUCAAAAUUUUUCACGGAAAAUCCCCCAAAUCGAUUGGAAAAGCGCGCUCCGCGGCGGGUGACAAGAAUAGUGCAGAAUGGUGAAGGAAACCACGUAUUACGACAUCCUGGGCGUGCGUCCGGACGCCUCGGCGGACGACCUGAAGAAGGCAUAUCGCAAGCUGGCGCUGAAGUACCAUCCGGACAAGAAUCCCAACGAGGGUGAGAAGUUCAAGCAGAUCAGCCAGGCGUACGAGGUGCUGUCGGACGCGGAGAAGCGAAGCAUCUACGAUGAGGGCGGCGAGGCGGCCAUCAAGAAGGGCGGCGCCGGCGGCGGAGGCUUCACCAGUCCCAUGGACUUGUUUGACAUGUUCUUCGGCGGGGGCUUCGGUGGCGGGCGGCGGCGGGAGCGUCGCGGCAAGGAUCUAGUGCACCAGUUGAGCGUGACACUGGAGGAGCUGUACAUGGGCGCUGUGCGCAAGUUGGCGCUGCAGAAGAGCGUGAUUUGUGAUAAGUGCGAGGGCCGCGGCGGCAAGAAGGGCGCCGUGGAGAAGUGCAUGACGUGCAGAGGCACUGGCGUGGAGACAAAGAUCCAGCAAGUGGGUCCGGGCAUUGUGCAGCACUUCGAGCACAUGUGUCGCAGCUGUCACGGCCAGGGUGAGCUGAUAGCGGCCAAGGAUCGCUGCAAAACCUGCAAUGGCAAGAAGACCGUGCGCGAGCGCAAGAUCCUCGAGGUGCACGUGGAGAAGGGCAUGCGCGACAGCCAGAAGAUCGUAUUCACGGGCGAGGGUGACCAGGAACCUGACCUGCAGCCGGGUGACAUCGUGAUUGUGCUUGACGAGAAAGAGCAUCCGGUGUUCAAGCGCUCCAAGGACGAUCUCAUCAUGACGAUGCCGCUCCAGCUCGUGGAGGCGCUGUGCGGCUUCCAGAAGGUCAUCAAGACACUGGACGAGCGCGACCUGGUCGUCACGUCGCUGCCUGGUGAGGUGGUGAAGCACGAGGCGCUGAAGUGCGUCCUGGGCGAGGGAAUGCCACAGUACAAGAACCCUUUUGAGAAGGGUCGUCUCAUCAUACAGUUUGUGGUGGUGUUCCCGGACUCUGUGCCGCGCGAAUCCAUCCAGACGCUGGAGAUGAGCCUGCCCGGCCGGCCACAAGUCACCAUCCCGAUUGACGCCGAGGAGUGCACACUGUCCGAGCUGGAGCCCGACCACGGGCGCGGCCAGCGGCACGACGAGGACGAGGAAUACUAUUUCCACGGGCCGCGUGUCCAGCAGUGCGCCACUAGCUAAGCGCGCGGCGCGCCGACCUUUGGCCGGAUUAGGGGACAUGAUACUGUUGAAUGAAAUCUAUGAAAUUGUGACUCAGAACAGCGAUAAUGCGUAAAAUAAAAUUAUUCCAUGCGCCACAA